CCUUCCCUCAGCGUCGGCGCCGCCAUGUUGGGCCGGGCUUGUCUCUGAGGGAGAGGCCGGCGGAGGCGCGCGCAGGCCGCUCGGCCCAUCGAGCCGCCCAUCAAUCAAUCGAUCGAUCGAUCGACCUGUCAAUCAACCCAGGGUCCCCGUCGCCGGCCAUGGCUCCGGGCGGGCUGCUGCAGUGUCUGUGCUUCUCGGCUUCUGGCAUGAGAUGAAGGAAGACGGCCUUCCCUUAUUCGUCCUUGAGUGAGUGAGUGAAUUCUGCCUGCAACCGCCGGCCCAACAUGGAGCAGGAGGCCACGCAGGAGCAUCAGCACCAGCAGGAAGCCAACCAGACGUUUCCCCGGAAGCAGCUCGUCCGCGAAGAUGACAAUCUCCAGGUGCCCUUCCUGGAGCUGCACGGGGAGAGCACGGAGUUUGUGGGCCGGGCGGAGGAGGCCGUGAUCGCGCUCUCCAACUACCGCCUUCACAUCAAGUUCAAGGAGUCCCUCGUCAAUAUCCCGCUGCAGCUGAUUGAGAGCGUGGAGUGCCGGGACCUCUUCCAGCUCCACUUGGUCUGCAAGGACUGCAAGAUCAUCAGGUGCCUGUUCUGCAGCCCGGAGCGGAGCCAGGAGUGGCAGCGGCGCCUGUCGGAGGCCACGGGGCCCCCCUCGCGCCUGGAGGGCCUCUUCUCCUUCGCCUUCCACGCCUGGUGCACCCACGUCUACGCCAGCGAGAAGGAGCAGCACGGGGACCUCUGCCGGCCCGGGGAGCACGUGGCCUCGCGCUUCAAGAACGAGGUGGAGCGCAUGGGCUUCGACAGGAACCACGCCUGGAGGGUCUCCAACAUCAACGAGAAGUACAGGCUGUGCAGCAGCUACCCGCAGGAGCUCAUCGUCCCGGCCUGGAUCUCCGACAAGGAGCUGGAGAGCGUGGCCGCCUUCCGAUCCUGGAAGCGCAUCCCCGCCGUGGUUUACAGGCACCAGAGCAACGGGGCGGUCAUUGCGCGCUGCGGCCAGCCGGAGGUCAGCUGGUGGGGCUGGAGGAACGCCGACGACGAGCACCUGGUCCAGUCCGUGGCCAAGGCCUGCGCCGUGGACGCCCGGGCCAAGGUGGCCGACCCGCGAGGAGGGCGAGGGGGGGGCGGAUACGCCGACCCAGAGUUCGGGAAGGACGGCGCGGAGCCCCCGAAGCUGCUCAUCCUGGACGCACGCUCCUACGCCGCCGCCGUGGCCAACCGGGCCAAGGGAGGGGGCUGCGAGUGCCCAGAGUACUACCCCAACUGCGAGGUGGUCUUCAUGGGCAUGGCCAACAUCCACUCCAUCCGGAAGAGCUUCCAGUCCCUGCGCCUGCUCUGCAGCCAGGUCCCCGACCCAGGAAACUGGCUCUCGUCGCUGGAGGGCACCAAGUGGCUGCAGCACCUGUCGGUCCUGCUGAAGUCGGCGCUGCUGGUGGUGCACGCGGUGGAGCGGGACCGGCGCCCGGUGCUCGUGCACUGCUCCGACGGCUGGGACCGCACCCCCCAGAUCGUGGCCCUGGCCAAGCUGCUCCUCGACCCCUACUACCGGACCAUCGAGGGCUUCCAGGUGCUGGUGGAGACGGAGUGGCUGGACUUUGGGCACAAGUUUGCCGACCGCUGUGGGCACGGGGAGCAGGCGGGCGACCCCAACGAGCGCUGCCCGGUCUUCCUGCAGUGGCUGGACUGCGCCCACCAGCUCCAGAGGCAGUUCCCCUGCUCCUUCGAGUUCAGCGAAGCAUUCCUGGUGAAGCUGGUCCAGCACACCUACUCCUGCCUCUUUGGCACAUUCCUGUGCAACAACGCCAAGGAGCGCGGCGAGAAGCACACCCAGGAGAGGACCUGCUCCGUGUGGUCCCUGCUCCGGCCCGGGAACAAGGCCUUCCAGAACCUGCUCUACUGCUCCCAGUCCGACUCCGUGCUGUUCCCGGUGUGCCACGUGCGGAACCUCAUGCUCUGGAGCGCCGUCUACCUGCCCGGCUCCUCCCCCUCGACCCCUGCCGACGACCCCUGCACCCCCUACCCGCUCCCGGCCCCCGGCCCCGAAGAGGCCCCGCUGGGCAGGCUGCCCAAGACCCGCUCCUUCGACAACCUGGCCUCGGCCUGCGACGGCGGCCACAGCGGCCCCCCUCCCGCCGCCCGGCGCAGCAGCGACCCCAGCCUGGGGGAGAAGUGGCCGGAGCACCGCCGCUCCCUGGAGCCCAGCGACCCCUUCGAGGGGGGCCGGGGGGCGGAGCUCUCCCUGGCGGUGGCCCCGGGCCAGAUGGAGAACAUCCUGCAGGAGGCCACGGAGGAGGAGGAGGCGGGCCCCACCGACACCCCGGCCCCCCCGGAGGCCCCGAGCGCCUCCUUCCCGUGGCUGGGCACCGGGGAGGAGGCGGAGGCGCUGGAGCUGCACCGCUUGGCCGCCUCCCUCAACCGGACCCCCCCUCCCGCCCCCUCCCCCUGCGCCCUGCCCUUGCGCGACUACGGGGGGGGCGGCCGGAGGGGGGCGGCCGGAGGGGAGCCGCGGGGGGCCCCGCCGCCUCCGCUGCCGCCCGGCAGCCCCGACCCGCCCCCCGCCCCCCGCGGCCCCCUGGACGACGACGACGGGAUGCCGGCCUACGCGGACGCCGUGCAGCAGCGGCUGCGGCAGAUCGAGAGCGGGCACCAGGCGGAGGUGGAGACCCUCCGGAAGCAGCUGCAGGAGCUGCGCAGCCGCCUCGAGGGGCGCCUCCUCAACGGCGCCCUCCACUGCAACGGACUCCCCUGCGGACUCGGACAGGUGGUGACGCGCUGGCCCCCCGACCCCCUGGGCGCCCACUGCCACGGCUGCGACAGCGCCUUCUGGCUCGCCAGCAGGAAGCACCUCUGCAGGAACUGCGGGAACGUCUUCUGCGCCUCGUGCUGCAACCAGAAGGUCCCGGUCCCGGUCCCGGAGCCCAUCCGCCUCUGCAAGGCCUGCUCCUCCGGACUCGGGCCCCACAACAACGACCCCACUGCCGCCACCGCCACCGCCGCCCACUCGAACUGAACCAAGGGGGGGGGGCGUCAUGGCCGCCGCGGAAAGACCCGGAAGGGGGCGGCCAUUUUGUAACUGGAUUUUGCUGGAACCCGGGCGGGGGCGACGCGUGUUUGUCGGUUCGGUGGUCGUUGUCGCUGCUGCU